AUGCUCAUUUUUGAUACUUCUUGCACCCAAACCUCGCCAUCCCUUGCAUUCACCUCUGUCUGUCCCCCCCUCUUCCCCACCCCUCCCCUUGCCAUCCACCCCUCCCCUUGCCAUCCACCCCUCCCCUUGCCAUCCACCCUUCCUCUUGCCAUCCACCCUUCCUCUUGCCAUCCACCCUUCCUCUUGCCAUCCACCCUUCCUCUUGCCAUCCACCCUUCCUCUUGCCAUCCACCCCACCUCACAUCCACCACGAGGCACGUCGUUCAGCAAGGCCGAAUUCUUAAAAUCGUCCACACCUUCCACAAGGCAGAUCGUUCAGCAAGAUCGGUCGCACAGGGCCCUUCCCCACCAUCUUCCCCUCCCCUUAACCGUCCCACCGACCCCUUUCCCUCUCCCUCCCCUUUCCGUGCCACCCACCUCUCCCCUUUCCGUGCCACCCACCUCUCCCCACACGUACAACAUGACAGGUCGUUCAGCAAGGCCGGUCUCACAGGGCCCUUCCCCUCCGUCAUCUCUGCACUCAAGAGCCUUAAAGACCUGAAACUUCCUAGCAACUCCCUGUCCGGCCCCGUUCCUCCCUUCCUCUCCACGCUCACAUCCCUCACCACCCUGUAUGUCCCCCUGUACUAUUUGUCCGUGUUUUUCAUAUCUUCCCACACCCCUCUCUUCCGUCAACUUCUUUCAUGCCUCUCCACACCACACACCUCUCCAUAUCGGCCCGCACUUCUCUGCAUCGUUUCAUAUCGUUCUGAAUCGUUCUGCAGGCGGCUGGACUCGAACCAGUUCACAGGCUCCAUCCCCUCCGGCUUGUCAAAGCUAACAGCUCUUACCGUCCUGCAACUCAGCAACAACUCUCUCUCUGGUUCGCUGCCUUCUGCUCUCAGCACGCUCACCAAUCUGCGCAACCUGUACUCGCGCCAACAACAACAAGCUAUCUGGAUCGCUCCCUUCAUCUCUCAGAUUCUCUCCCGCAACACUCUAUCCGGCUCCAUUCCCUCCGACUACUCCGCCCUUGAGUUCCUUGCCAUCCUUCUGUUGAACAACAACUUCAUUAUUGGGACCAUCCCCUCCUCCCUCUCCACACUCUCCUACCUUUAUCAAGUAGGCGUGUCAGAGAACCUGUUAUCAGCAACAUCUCUUUCAACUCUCUCUCUGUCCACCGCCUGCCCAAGCCUCUCUCCGACUGACCUGCACUGUCCUCACAUUCCCCUCUCGCCUCCUCUCUCCCCUCUUCCCUCCCCUGCGCCUCAACCCCCCCACACCAGCAACGUGGCCUUCAAAUCUCUCUCUGGUUCCCUGCCCAACAACGUGGCCUUCAACUCUCUGUCUGGCUCCCUGCCCAAGUCCCUCUCCAAUCUGCAGUCCCUCUACUCUCUCGACCUCAGCAACAACUAUUUCAGUGGCCAAGUGCAGACUAUCUUCAGCGCUCUCACUUCACUUCAAUCCAUCAACAUCUCCUACAACUAUUUCACGGGGUAUUUACCCAAGAUCGGGUUUCUAGGCGAGCUAAAAUCCACCGACCUCUCCAACAACUUCUUUUUCGGGUCAGCCAACGACGGCACCGACAGCAUUGGGUUACCCCUCUGCCCGGACCCUCCCACCUCCUCCUACACAAUCGCCCAGAACUGCCUCUUAAACCUCGCAAACACUUGCACAGCCAUAUCCGGGCUGACAGUGAGUUUUGUGGAGCCGCAGAAGACGGAGGACGAGUGCUUUGUGUUCUGUGGGACAAGCCUUGCGAUGCCGAUUUUUCCGAACCAGCAGUGCGGGUACGAGAAGGGCAUGUGUGUGGCGAAUCUGAGCGGCAGCGGGGUGUUGUUCUACCAGUGCCAGUGCACGGCGCCGUUCGUCCGUUCUGCAGACGCCAAGUCCUGUGACCUGCCACGUAAUCCCCGUCUCGUGCCUGCCCUUCCUUCUGUUUUCGAGUCUGAGCGGCAACGGAGUGCUCUUCUACCAGUGCCAGUGCACGGUGACCCCGAUACAGCCCGACAGCCACAGUGGCCCCAGCAGCGCGGGUACGAGAAGGGCAUGUGUGUGGCGAGUCUGAGCGGCGACGGAGUGCUCUUCUACCAGUGCCACCAGCCCACCACCGCCACCGCCAUUUCCGCCAGGGCCCCUCCCACCCUCCCCUCCCCCCUCCCCACCUCCAAAAUCGCCUCCUCCUUCCCCACCGUCACCUCCGAGCCCCCCUCCUAG